AUGCUAUCGCUACCUCUGCUGGCGCCACAAAAUGAAUACUCCUUCUUCCUCUCACCCCACCUGCGCCCACAACCAACCAACGACCCAUCCAAUGCGGCAGACAACAAUGUCGCACAACAAUCCCGUCGUCAGAACUCCCAACAAACCUCUGCACCAACACGCCAAUCACUAGCUCAACUCCUCGCCGACGAGCAAGCCAUCUCCCACCGCAAACACAACAUCCGCCGUUUUGGCGCUGGCUGGAUCAAGCCACCAGGCGUAGCAAAAACACUACAAGCCGAGACUGAAGAAAAAGCCGAGAGGGAAGAGCAAGAAGCAUUACAGAGACGAGAACAAAUGAUGAUGGAUAUGCAAGCACAGCAAGAAGCCGAGGAAGCGAGGAAUAGAGCUGCGGAAGCUGAGGAAGCAGCGGAAGGAGAGGAAGAGCAAGAGAGAGAUUUGGAUGAGGAGAUUCCCGAUGCUGAUGGUGAGGAAGAGGAAGAGGAAGACGAGGAUGAGGAGGAUAUCACAGAUUCGGAUGAAGAAGAAGAUGAUGAGGAAGAACGGGAAGAGAUGCAGAGUGAAUUGCAGUCGGAGAUGCUGUCACAGAUGCAUAGCGAGAUUCCUGUUGCUGAGGACAUUACUUUCAACGAGGAAAGUAUGUUUGCGGAUACUAGUAUGGCUGCUUUGGACGAGGAGUCUAGAGAGCAGGAACGGUAUCGCCAUCUGCAGGAGGCAGAGUUGACGGGUGUGGCCCAAGAUGAGCUUGAUCUAGGCAUUGAAAGGGAUUUGGAUGACAGUGUGCCAGAGGCUGGCAGCUAUCAACACACUGACAGCGAGCUUGAAGACUCGGACUCAGACGAUGAGGACGAGGACGAGGAAGAGGAAGAGCAGAGUCAAUUGGAACCGCAGGAAGAGGAGCAGAGCGAAAUCAUGGCACCAGUCAUGCCACACAGUCGCAGCAGUCUGUUGAGCAGAGACGUGAGUUCGCUGCUCGACAGCUCUUUCGUUACUAGCAGUCCUGCACCCGUUGGCCGUCUGAGAUCUGCCGGCCACAGACCCUACCAGAGAUGA